GCUAAUUUCAAAAUACAGGCAACCAACAGCGGCAUUUAACCAGGUCCUGGUUCGUAAAUUCCGCCCGUGCAGCACCUUUUUACUACAAAACACAGGCCCCCCCAUUAACCACUCUCUCUCUCUCUCUCCUUGGAAAUUUUUCUUUCAUCUUGGAGAGAAAAAAGCAAUAAUGGUUGAUGAGUUCAUGAUAUGCAUUGACAGGCUGAUUGCAUCAGCAUGCUUAGAAUCCGUCAACGAAAGAGAAAGACUGCUGGGAGGUGGUGAUGAUGAAGUUGUUACCCAAAACAAUCUGCCCUCUGUUACAAGUAAUGGGAAGAACAAAAAUAGUGGAGGCGAAGGGUGUUCGAAGAUCGUGAGGGAGUGCAGGAUUUGUCAAGAAGAAGAUGAAGAGCAUGAGAUGGAGGCUCCCUGUGCCUGUAAUGGAACUCUGAAGUUUGCUCAUCGGAAGUGCAUUCAGAGAUGGUGCAACAAGAAAGGCGAUAUCACCUGUGAAAUUUGCUAUCAGGUCUAUUCACCAAAUUAUAUUGUUCCACCGCCAAGAGGCAAUCCUGAGGUUAUCGCCAUUGAUAUCAGGCAAGCAUGGGGGCCACAUAUCGAUCUCCGGGAUCCUCGUUUCCUGGCUUUAACUGUUGCGGAGCGUCAGUUAUUGGAAUCGGAUUAUGAUGAAUAUACUGUUGCAAACAAUAGCAGCCUCGCCUGCUUCCGCUAUGUGGCUAUCAUGUUAAUGUUUAUCUUGCUUAUACGCCAAGUUCUGAUGCUCUCGAGAGAUUUUGGGAUGGUACAAGAACCUUCAACAUUUUUCAAUGUUUCCCUUCUUCAACUUGCUGGUUUUCUUCUUCCAUGCUAUGUAAUGGCCCGCUCGUGUUGCAUGAUGCAAAACCGAAGAAGGCGGCAGAGCUGAGAAGGUACCAAUCCAAGGCAGUCGGUUCUUCCACUCUUCUAUGCCCAUCCUAUGUAUGCUGUCCCUGGGCAAGAUCUUUUGCACACUGCAGUUUCUCCAGUAUCUGGAUCAAAUGGUGGUUUCAUGUCAGAGAAAGUAAGUGCACUGAAUACUUGUAGCUCUCCUGAAGCUACGUGAGAACUCGAAAGCAAAUGUAAAUGUAAAUAUUGAGUUCAUUAGGUUUUCUUUUUUUAACCUAGAGUAUCGCUUUUGUUGUAUGAAAUAUGCUAUUUUUGCUUUUUGGGCAUUGUCUGGAAAAAAAGGUAUAUUGGAAAACCAGCUUUUAAAUAAGCUAAAAAAAAUGAUUGAUGAUAAUUCAGAAGCUUCAUUUUGAUA